ACUAGAUUGGUCUUCCCUUACCGAACUAGUCUUUUACCGUCAUUUAUGUUGUUUCCUAACAGUCCAGACACUGAGCUUAACAUAUAGGUGUCAGUUGACACGUGAUCAAGUUCCCUAAAUAGGACAUGCUGUGUCAUUUGUGGUUGGCCAAUCAAACACAGUCUUCUUUGAACAGCAAAGUGAGGUUGAAGAAUCUUUUCAUUCAGCACCAGAGUCUGAACACGAUGACAUCUGCACAGUUUGUCUUCUAUCUGACAUGUUUGUUCUUGGGGGAAACAGUUCACACAAAUGACCUCAAAUUCUCCUUGUCUCUUCAUCAAGAAAGACAUUUUGUGUCAGCUAAUACUGGGGACGAUGUGACUCUGCGCUGUUUGUAUGAAGGUAACGAUGUGGCAAGGUUUUACUGGUAUAAGUUUAAUUUGGGAAAGGAAUCAAAGCUCAUUUGCAUUAUCACAGUGGACAAUCACGCCAUGUUUAAUGAUGAAUUCAAGAGUGAUCCACGAUUCACAGUGAAUUCUGAAAAAGGAAAAAUUGACUUAAAGAUAGAAAAUCUGGACAUUUCAGACUCUGCUACUUACUAUUGUGCAAGCAGCUAUGGGUACAGGUUUGCAUUUGCAGAGGGUACUGUCAUUGAUGUAAAAGGUUCAGGGUCAAAUAUCCCAACUUUAGUGUAUCAGUCAGCAUCUGAGACCAUCCAACCAGGAGGCUCUGUGACUCUGAACUGUACAGUACACACUGGGACCUGUGAUGAAGAACACAGUGUUUACUGGUUCAGAAACUCUGAAGAAUCUUUCCCAAGAAUCAUUUACACCCAUGAAGGCAGGAAUCAUCAGUGUGAGAGGAAACCCAACACACAGACACACACUUGUGUCUACAACCUGCCAAUGAAGAACCUGAAUACGUCUCAUGCUGGGACCUACUACUGUGCUGUUGCCUCAUGUGGACACAUACUGUUUGGAAACGGGACCAAGCUGGAGUAUGAGGGGAACGGUUGUGUCUUUGUGUAUUUCUUGAGUGGAGCUUUGGCAUUCACCACACUUCUAAGUGUUUUAAUGGCUUUAUUAUUGUAUGUGACCCACAAGAGAAGCAACUUCAAAUGUGCAGAGUCUCGUUCAAGAGUUUCUCCUGUUUCUUCAGCAGUCGCACAGGUAGCUCAAAAUGAAGAAAACAUCCAUUAUGCCGCUUUGAGGCACCACAAGGCUGACAGACCAAGAAGACUGAGAAACAACAGCAAGGCUGAAUGUGUCUACUCAAGUAUAAAGCAAUAGAAGUGGACGUGUUUCUUAUCUAUAUUAAUACUUUCAAUGUCUUGAAAACAUUUGCUUUCUGUUUGUCUGUUCAUAAUAUGAGCAGG